UUAGUGUUGUCGUUCGUUAUUUGCUAAUGUAGGAGCGGCUGCGGUGCCAAGAAUAAAUUACGCUUGGUGGCUGUGUCGCUAAGAAAGGACAUUUAUUGAAAAGAUUGUAAUCCAUAACAACUUUCUGUUGCUAUCUGACGAUGCCGGAGGGAGGUUGCACCACAGGUUGCUCGUGAAAGUAAAGGUUAAAGAAAAUGUCCAACUCAGCUAAAAAAGUGAGACCAAGAGAAAAGUCUACUGGAUUCCAGAGCAAUGCAUCUUGUGAUCUCAGGAGGCUUCAGUCCCUGCUUGCCAAAAGCAACACCAGACAAGAGGUUAAGAACAAGUGACGCCACUCUGAGGUGGCGAGUCCCAGUAAAACACGUAGCAGUGGAGCCAGCCGACCACAAGUCCUGCAUCAGCAAAAAGACACCAACAGGCAUGGGAGUGAGGGCAACAGCAACAGUGAAGCCUAUGAACUGGAAAAUUUCAGCAUACAAAGACCAAAGAUGUUUCAGCAGCCAUCCACUGCAUAAACUCUUUUCUGACAUUCUUACAUCUAUUGUGAACAACAGACUCUGCAGCGAAUGGAUCGACCAUGCACCUCCUGAGUCAGUCCUUAGAGUUCUCAUCUGCCUACGAAUACUGAUCAGAGACAAAGAGCAUCAGAAAAUUCUAAAUCAACUUCAUGGCACGACUUUACUUGCCAGGUAUAUGGAGUCUGUCACUGCUAUGUACAUGUCUUGUGGCGAACAUUCACUUGCUGUUCAGAAGCUGGUUACAAUGACCUACAUGUUUCAGAAGCUGUCUGUUGUUGAAAAUCAAAGAGUCUGGGUCAUUGAGAGUGGCGCUCACAGGACUCUGGUGAAGCUCCUCUCCACCACAGAUAGCAGCGUGCUGUUGGGAGCUCUGUUAGCUCUCACCACUUUGGCUGAGAGCCCAGAUUGUAAAGAGGAGAUUGGAAGGCUUUUAAUAGUGGAGAACCUACUAGUAAUACUGCAGGAAUAUGACCUGCUCUCCAAGAGGAUGAGUGCAGAGCUGCUGAGACUCCUGUCCCCAGUGCAGCAGGUGAGGGACCAGGUGAGGGAGAUGGAGGGGCUGCCUGUGCUGCUGAGCCUGCUGCAUGGCCAGCACCUCAAGCUGCUGUGGAGCAUCACCUGGGUCCUGGUUCAGCUGUGUGAGGAUCCCGACACCAGGGCAGAGAUCCGGAGCUGGGGUGGGGCGCAGCAGUUGCUCCGACUGCUCAAUAGUGACAGGCAGUACGUCUCUGACCGCUCGUCCAUUGAGACACUCUCCAGUGCAAACGCAGCUGGACGCAUCGAGAGAGAGCACGUGAGAGAGACACUCAGCCCACAGGAGGACACAGACAACACUACAGCCCUGCAGUCAGCCUGCUGCACAGCCCUGACUGAGCUUAGUCUGGAUGACUCAUGUGCCCACCAGAUUGUGCAGGAAAAUGGCGUCCACAUAAUAGCAAAGUUGAUUUUACCCCAGUGCUGUGGAGAAAAUCUCACAUCUUUACAGCUCUAUGCUUUUCGGACCCUCCGAUUUCUCUUUGGUGUGGAAAGAAACAGACAUCUGUUUAAGAGACUCUUUCCCACAGACCUUUUUGAGUUGUUUAUUGAUGUUGGCCACUAUGUGCGGGACCUUACAGCCUAUGAGGGCCUGCAAAGCAAAGUUUCACUCUACACUGAAGAUGAACUAGACUGCCUGAGAGAGAGCAUUGAGGCUGUGGACCAGAACCGUCCUCCCCUCAGAGUCAUCAACGGUUACUCUAUACUCGAUCAUCUGGGUACUGGGGCCUUUGGAAGUGUCUUCAAGGUCCGAAAGCAGAGUGGCCAGAACCUCCUGGCUCUGAAGGAGGUCAACCUGCAUAACCCGGCGUUUGGCAAAGACAAGAAGUCCAGAGACAGCAAUGUGGAAAAAAUCAUCUCUGAGCUGACGAUCAUCAAAGAACAGAUGACGCAUCCAAACAUUGUUAAAUAUUACAAGACAUUCAUGGAAGGUGACAAGUUGUUCAUUGUGAUGCAGCUGAUCGAGGGUGCGCCGCUGGCCGAACAUUUUAAUUCCCUUAAAGAAAAGCAGCAGCGCUUCACUGAAGACAGAUUAUGGAAUAUAUUCAUGCAGAUGUGUUUGGCGUUGAGGUACCUGCACAAAGAGAAGAGAAUAGUCCACCGUGACCUCUCACCAAACAACAUCAUGCUAGGGGAGAAAGACAAAGUCACCAUCACGGACUUCGGCCUUGCUAAACAGAAGCAAGAGAACAGCAAACUGACGUCAGUGGUUGGCACUAUACUUUACUCCUGUCCGGAGGUGGUAAAAAACGAGCCUUAUGGAGAGAAAGCUGACAUCUGGGCCCUGGGCUGCAUCCUCUACCAGAUGGCCACUUUACAACCACCUUUCUUCAGCAGUAACAUGCUGUCGCUGGCCAGCAAGAUUGUCGAAGCUGUUUAUGAGCCGAUUGAAGAAGGAGCUUUCUCACACAGAGUCACCGACAUGAUCAGAUGGUGUUUAAGUCCUGAUGCAGACCAGCGUCCAGACAUUGAAGCUGUGAGCUCCAGGAUCUCUGACAUGCUGAUGAAGCUGAUAGACGGCCUGCAUGCUUCACAAAACGCAUUGGAGCGGAGAGCAGAGAGAGACAGGAAGCGAGCACAGAAGUACUUCUUGGAAAGGCACAAAGGUCAUUCAAACCUUCCACAGGAAGCACUCCAUACGAGUAAACAUGCAGCUUCAUACUCUUCUGCAGCCUGCAGUUCAACUGAUGGUGGCCAUGAAAUCAGCCGAGUAGGUGAUGCAUCAGAUGAUGAUGGUGAAGCAUGUGAGACUGGCUCUGCAGACAAGCGACGCGGAAUAAAUGUUACAUCCGUCCAAAUUAAGUCUAGUGGGGAUUCUGCAACAAUAAAACCAGUGUCAGCAGGAAUCUGUGUCUCCCAGAAGAAGCUUCGACAGAUCGAUGAUCCGAUCCAGAGGCUGCUUGUGCAGCUGCACAAAAUUAUUUACAUCACUCAACUUCCACCUGCUUCACACAACAACAUCAAGCGAAGGGUCAUUGAGAGGUUCAAAAAGUCUCUGUUCCACAUUGGCAGCGACCCGUGCAACCUGAAAGUGGAGCUCAGCAAGCUCCUCCAGGCCUCUCCAGAGCUGAUGGAGUUGGGUUUAAGCAGCUCUAACUGGUGGCCUUUGAACCACUGCUUUACUGGAGACCCCGUCGCUGCUGACAGCACAGGUGGUGAGAACUUAAAAGACGGCGUCACCUAUCAGCAGAUGCAGGGCGUCAUUGAAGAGCUGCUGGAGGAGACCAGCUACUAUGAAUUGACACACAGCAGGACUGCAGAGAAAAGGAAUAACCAAGAAAAGAAGUGAGCAUCAGCCAGCUGAGUUCACAAAGCUGCUAAAUCCACACUUGAAAUGUAAUUGAUCUUAUUAAGAUCUGUUAUUUACACUCAUUUAUAAUCUAAAACAGUGACACACAUUUAUUGUACAUGUAUGUCAGCACACACUUUAGUUCCUCAGGAACUGCUUUCUGUAAAGUGUGAUUUUCCUGUAUGUGCAUAAUGCAAACCAAACCUGAUUCCUUGUACCUUGUAAAGCUCGUGGGAUCCUGA